AUGACUACUACGCUUGACGACUCCAGGAGACAGCAGUUGUGGGAGCUCAACACGCGGGCGUGGAACGGCGAGGCCGUGUUUCCCGUGGGAAAGCUUGACGCAUCGCUCAAGAAAAACACCGCCUUCAUCAAAAAGGUACGCCUGUCACUUGGUGCUGACCAGCAGCAGACGAUUCUCAAAGACAUCCAGACGGUAUCGCUCGAGAAAUACCUCACAGAAAUCCUAGCCGGGAUUUUGGAAGGCUUACCGCGGUGCACCAAGACGGCGGAUGUUAAUGCUUCGGUGGAGAUUGUCAGUGCGUUGCACCAGCGCUUCGGUACCAAGUUCACACCAUACUUGUUGUCCAGCUUUCUCCACGGGCUCGCGAGUCCGCCGAAAUCGUACGUGCGCAACGAGAAAGAGGACGCAGGGCGAGUCGCCCGCCAGAAGAUUUUGCUCCGUUUGCUCACAGAGUACUGCAUGGUGGGAAUUUUCCGAGAUAUCAACGAGGCGGCGCACGAGGACCUCCCGGACUUUGCGUUGCGGAAGGUGAACGCAAAGGUGGAGAAGGUGGAGCCGGUGCUUUUGUCGGUAUUGAAAGAGAUUUUUAGCUAUGAUUUGAAGGGAGGCGGGACGAUUACGAUUGCGGUGGGGUUUUUAAAGAGGUUUGGGUCGUAUAUUCUUGAAGAUUUCCCGGGAGAAGGUCUGAAGGAAAGCAGCGUGGAUGGAAAUGAAACGGAGCCCCAUUCCGCGAAUGGUUCAGCACUUCCGGAUGUCUUCCCUCAGCUCCUCACCCUCUUCACCAUAUACACAAACGCCAUCACCAAACAGGCCCUAGUUAUUUCUGCCUCCCUCAACAAAUGGCGCAUGCGCCUCACCAAGGCCUCCAUUCGCACGGGCAAGAUCCUCGAGGAAUACACUACGGAGAUCACUACUCUUGAAACCCUCUUACUGCUCUUUACCAUCGGUGUUGACUACCUCUGUCCCUUAUUCCAUAUUCCCCUCCCGGAUCUCUCAGCCCAGGUAGAAGAAGAGGAAAAGGCCAUCAUCACAGAAGUCUCCUCUGGUGGCAACCAGGAAGACGAGAUGCUCGUCUGGGAAAACCAGGAGAACAAGGACUUCUACACCAAGGUGCCCAAUCUUAAAAACUCGAUUCCGGUCGCAGUGACCGCUGCGACACGUGUAGACGACGAGCUUGGGGCUAAAAUGACGCUAUUCCUUGCAAAAUUGGAGAAAACCUCAACUGUGAAGCUGCUUGACGAGUUGUGUUACGAGUAUUGGUACAUGGGUCUCAAUAACAAGGCAUCGCGCAACCGGUUGGUGAAGUUUUUGGAGGAAAAGCUCCGCAACAACUCCGCCACGAUCCACGAUUUGAAGCUCUACGCGCGGUUUAUUGCAACCAACAAGGACUUGUUGCCAGAUGUGACGCUGCAGAUUUCUGAUGCCUUAGAUGUGAAUUUCCGCUCGCAGUUACACAACGGGAAAUUCCUCGUCGCCACCAUCUACAUGUUCCUGGAGUUAAUUAAAUUCAAGAUCUUGCCGUCGCAUGUCAUCUUCCACAAGAUCCGCACGUUGAUCUUGAACAUCCAGGUGUUGAACAACUUGGAGAUCUUGGGUUUGUUACUCAGCAACGAUUACUGCGGAAGGGUCCUUAAGUACGACGCGGACUAUAAGGAAUUAACCCGCGACAUGAUCGAACUUUUGAAAACAAAACGGUCCCUGGACGACAAGCUCACUGCCAAUGAUUUGCUUGCAAUCGACAACUUUCUCUUGAUCGUGAAUCCGCCGUCGCUCGCCAAGAUCUCGAACCAAAAAAAGCGCAAGGAUGAGACACUCGAGCAGCAGUUCAUCCGCUACGUCAUCACAACUCAGUUGGGGGCCAGUCCAUGUAGUAAAAUUGCCCUGAUCAUUACCAAAGCGAAUAUGAAAGAUCCAAAGAUUCAGCACACCUUGCACUCCGUGCUUACGAAGCCACAGAAGGUAAGCUACGACGCGGUACCUGAUCUCGCGAAACUUCUUUCACAGAUGAAGAAGGUAGUGCCAUGCUUGGUUCCCAAAGUGGUGGAUACGGUCAUUGAGACGAUUGAUAUUGGAUUGAUGGUGAAUGAGUACCGUAUGAACCGAAGCCGCUUGGUGACAAUGAAGUAUGUGGCGGAGUUGUACAACUGCAACGUGCUCACCUGGGAGAUGCUCUUGGACAUUUGUUUCCACGUGACAAAUUUCGGGUACAACGGCGGAGACCCAGGAUCCGUGGCGAACAAAUUAGAUCCGAGGGAUAACUACUUCAGAGUGAGCAUGGUUACGACGGUGUUGACGAGUUUGAAGUUCUUCAAUCCGGUGGAUAAGGCCAAGUCUGGGAAGAAGACCGGAAAGGAAUUGAUCGGGAGGCGCUUUGAAGCAAAACUUCGCAAGUUCUUGAUCUUCUUUGACUAUUUCGUCUGGUGCAAGGCCCAGCCGCUUCCAAUGGAUCUCACCUUUGCGUUGAGCGCGUUCUAUACGAAGUUGGUUGUCGAAAUGCCCCACUGGGCGGACUUGCGGCUGGCAUCUGGCACCCAAGCGGGAGAAAAGUUGAUGGAGCUCAUGAAGAACACGACCGAGGACGAUGACGACGAUGAAGAAGAGGAAUUGGCCGAGGAGGAGGAGGAGGAGGAAGAGGAGGAAGAGGAGUUGGUCGACGAGGAGGAAGAAGAUGAGGACGAUGAGGACGAUGACGUGGAUGAGGACGAUGAGGAUGACGAUGAGGAUGACGAGGAUGAGGAUGACGAUGAUGACGAUGAUGACGAUAUGGACUCGGAAGAAGAGGAGGUCUUGAGCAAGAAGCGGAGGGAGUUGCUUGAGCUCGAACGCGAGCAGCGCAAGUUGCAGGAGGAGUUAGAUGAAGGUUUGAAGAAGUUGAUGUUAGAAAGCAUGAACGACCAGGCUGGUAAGGGGUCGGACUCCCGUGUGCGCGCCUUCCGCGCCCCGAUCCCCGCCAAGUCUGUCUCUGGUUCUAAUUCGUCGGGAAUGAGAUUCACGUUGAUGACGAAAAAUGCCAAGAAGCAGCAGGUGGCCAAGACGAUUGAGUUGUCCAAGACGGAUAAGCUCGCGGAGAGGUUUAUGGAGGAGGAGAAUAGGAAGAUGGAGGAAAAUGCGCGGAUUCGUCUGAUUUUGUUGCAAUACGAGGAGUAA